UCUCUCUCUCUCUCUCUCAUUAUUCUGUGAUUAUUCGUGAACGAGUUCCCGCCCCUGCGAUCGACUCUCAUUGUCUGCCAAUUUCUCUCCUCCGCAGGGGGUUCUGGGACAUCUUCAUUUUUGGCGCCUUCCGCCAUUACGUCUGCAAGAAAGAGAAAGCCCUGGCUCACUUCCGGGAGCAAAGGUCAAUGCACGUGCAGAGGUCAAACCUGGCCAUCCCUGUGCUGGACAGACCUCUCUCCACCAGUCUUCUCGACAGCGACCCGUCAGUAAGCCGACGUUACUCCAGUGACAUCCCGAGCCGCCGCCCCUCCGCCCUGGAUGAGGCUUACAGUAAAUGUCUACAGCCCGACAGUCGCCCCGAGGGGGUACCACAGUCGCUGCUGCAGACACUCAACCGACCAGACGAAGAGCAGACGGUCAACGGCAACUAUAGCAGCACCAUCAUCACAACAACCACCACCACCACCAGCAGCAGCAGCCCCUACCACCUAGCCCCCACCACCACCACCACCGCCCCCAGCACCCACGAGGAGACGAUAGUUGUGAUCACCCAGGGCUACCUCAUGCCUCGCUCUCCCUGCGUGUCCUCAGACAACAACUCCCUCUUCCAGUUCCCGCCCAGAAUCGUGGACGGCGUGCACUACCGCAUCGACCGGUCCUCCAGCUACGGGGGCAACGCCACGGGAAGUUGCCACAGCCUGGACAAGGGAGACGAACAGACAGACCGCGUCGCCGUAGAAUACUUGCCGGGGAUUCCCGGAAAGACGCCAUUCUCCUUCCGGCGGAAGUCGUGCGGAGAUAAGGCGCACCACUCGUUCUUGGCGCUGAAGGCGGGGCUAAACAGCUGUGCGCUGCAGAACAAGCAGAACCUGACCACGACGGCAGAAGUCUCCACGCUCCUGGAGAACGAGGACGAAAACUGUCCGCCUGUAGGGCCCGACCAUCCAGCCCCAACGCUGUCUCUAGACGUUCACAACCACGACGUCUCCACGAACACAACGAACGAAGAAAUCCCUUCUGUUGUUGACUUGCUAUCCGCAGCAGAUCAAGACUCGCCUUUAGCAGAAACUGACAGCGCUGACUCCAGAAACUCCCCAGAAGAACGAGCUCCACAAAGUAUCCCGUCGUCUGCAGCUAUCGCCAGCGCUGGCCCAGUUUCUCACUCAAACUUGUCCCCUAAAUAUGAUUCUCUAGAACUGCCUCUCGGCCAUCUUGAGAGACCAAAGACGCUGGCCGCCCACUCAUCUCCUCAGCGCGCUGUCAGCCACGAGACUCUCUCCCUUCCUUUCUCCCCGUCAAGAACACUCAGCUCUUUCCCCAAAAUGUCCCGCGUAAAUGAGACAUUUUCUUUUUCCCUCUCGUCGGCUGGUCCCACAACAAAGCCCAGCUCACCGAUCGUCAAAAUAUCUACUUCAUCCUUGUCCCCAAUGACCAAUACAACAACAGCAACAUCAGCAACACCAAACUCACCGACCAUCAAACGAUCGACUACAUCUUUGUCACCGAUGGACAAUACAACAUCAACCACGAGUAGGUCCCACUCGCUCACACCCCCCGUUGAUCGCCCCUCUAGUCUGUUGUCCCCGCUGUUCCAACGAUCCCCGAGUCUGACCCCGACAUCUGGCGGUGGUCACUCCAACAACGCAGCGCCCUCUCUGGGCCACAGGUCCUUGUCUGUGCGCUCAGUCCCAGCAGCAACGGCAACAGCAACUGCAGCAACAACAGCAGCGUCAUCAGUUCGAGGAUCGUCUUCCUCCAACACCCUUCUCGUGCCAUCACCCCUCCCCUCACGUCGCCCAGACAGCUCCGCAAGCUCCAAGUCCUCUCCCCUCCCUCCUCUCUCCCUCACCCCCCUCCCUCCUCUCUCCCCCCUCACCCCCAGACUACCCUGUGUAUUGGAUUAAUAAAUGUCUCAUCCAGCCCUCCGCUGUCUUCUUUCUA